GAGCUCACCUGCCCAGGCUUUAGUCCCGCCCCUCGUCCUCACCCACCUGAUCGAAGGCUUCGUGAUCCAGGAGGGGGCCGAGCCGUUCCCCUUAUUAAGGAGCAGUGGGCUGCAGUGAUGCGCCCGGGAAGCAACUGGGGGUUCAGUGCCUUGCUCAAGGACACUUCGACUUGCAACUAAUGGGGAGAGCGGGGAUCGAACCGACAACCUUGGGGUUGCAGGACGACCCCCUUACCCCACUGAGCUACAGCCGCCCUACCGGACCGGCACCGGUCCUCCUGUCCCACGGACCAGGACCACGAUGAGACCGACGGCGGUCAAAGACCUGUAGAGGUGACCUGCUCCCCCUAGUGGUGAACAGCGUCAUUACACAUGCAUGAAGGGACUGUGUGUGUCUGCAGGUGGAGCGUCCCUCCUUCUCCAUGGACGGCCUCAGGAGACACACGGCAGACCCCCAGCGGGCCGGGGGCCCCGCACAGGAGCUGGAGGCCCAGAAGGAGCCCAUGCUGACCUGUGAGCUGUGUGGGAAGGUGGACCUGGCCCAGGUCUUCAAGAGGUCCAAGAGGUUCUGCUCCACCGUGUGCGCUAAACGCUACAACGUGGGCUGCACCAAGAGGAUGGGUCUGUUCCCAAACCGCCGAACCCCCCUGGACCACAUGAGGAACCAACGGACCCUCAAGGACGGAGGACUGGAGGGUCACAAGGAGACGUCCACCAGUCUGUCCACCGGUCUGUCUCCUGCUCUGGGAGAGUCCAGCCAAUGCUCAGACCUGUCCGGCUAUGACAGACCCCCGUCCCCCCUGGGGGCCUCGCCCCUCAGCUUCCUGUCCAGUGAGCCGGGCCAGUGGAACAUCGAGGAGGUCUACGAGUUCAUCUCCUCUCUGCCAGGGUGUCUGGACUUUGCCGAGCAGUUCCGCGGCCAGGAGAUCGACGGCCAGGCGCUGCUGCUGCUGGAGGAGGACCACCUCAUGGGGACCAUGAACAUCAAGCUGGGCCCGGCGCUCAAGAUCUGCGCCCAGAUCAGCUCGCUCAGAGACUCGUAGCAGCGCCUCCACACGCUGCCCAUCAGGGCCCAGUGCCUUGCUCAAGGACUCAUGGACGAGAGGAGCCGGGGAUCAAACCCCCGACCCUCUGAGCGCCGGCCUGGCGUCA